AUGCUAUCAGUGACUUCGCGCCCGACACAGUCUCGCAUACGGUAAACGUGGCGUGAGCAGAGAAACAUUGUGGAAACAUCAUGCUGAAGACGAUCGCUUUCCUCUGCGCCGCGCUGGCGUGCAGCCACGCGGUGGUUCUCAGCGGCUACAACGGCUACAACGGCGGCCAUGGCCUGUCGGCCUACGGCGAUUACGGCGAUCUCGACGGAUACCUCGGUUCCGCCGGAUACAAAGUUUUGCCGACGGUCGCGGUUCCGGUGCACGCGGUGUCCGCCGCGCCGCUCCACGUGGACGCGUCUCUGGAUCACGAAUUGCACGGCUACAAACAACACAUCGAUCAGGACCAUGACUAUUACUCGCACCCGAGGUACACCUUCAAUUACGGCGUGCACGAUCCGCAUACUGGCGACGUGAAGACCCAGCACGAGGUGCGGGACGGCGACGUCGUCCACGGUUCGUACAGCGUGAACGAGCCCGACGGGAGCGUGCGUAUCGUCGAGUACACGGCGGACGACCACAACGGGUUCAACGCCGUCGUGAAGAAAGUCGGACCGGCGAUACAUCCAAAACCGGUGCCGAUCGUCAAGUACGUCUCGCCGGCGCACUUCAACAGCUACGACUACGAGAAACAUUAUUAACUCCGGCCAUCGUGUAAAUAGCAUCGAAUCAGGCGGGUUUCACUAAGAGGCAUUUGUCGAUACUUAGUCUGCUAGUCAAUGUGGCAGCGAAAUAUGUUUUCAAGUUCGAUCGGAUCUUCACAAAUGGAUUCAGUUGAUCAUUGGUCGUCGACAACGGACAAAAGAAUCGGGAAUUAUUUUUAUGUACAAAGAGUUUUCAUGUAAAACAAUUAGAUUUUAGGAGGGUUUAGGAUUAUUUCUUUAAUAUACCGUACGGUAAAUAUAUAUAGUUUACAACUGAGAUUAUCGAGGAAUAUUGAUUCACAUAUUCCCUGAUAUAGCGCUUGAUAUUUUCUACCUACCUGAAAUAAAAAUAUUUUUAUCUUACAAGGAAACUCACGGAAGUGUUUUUCUACGAUUUUGAAGAGUUUUUAAUAAUUUAGAUUAAGAUAAAGGACGUUUUUCCUAUACGUAUUUUUGCACUCUUUUUGGAAGUAAAACACCCUUUGAAAAAAAAAUUGGCAUUUUUCUUUCAUAGCGAAUAUUGUCAAGACUAUAAUAAAGAAGAAUAUGUU